CAUGGUUUGAAGCUUCAGAGGGAUUCAUCAUUACUAGACAUCCGGGCUGUGUGGAUGGAAGAUGGCGGCAUAUAUAGUCUCGGCUGAAUGGAUCAAAAACUGGGAAAAAUCGGGAAAACACGAAUUUGUGCAGCUCUGCAAAGAAAUCACAGAGAAGACCGAUCAUGGAGGUGAAAUUAGAGACAUACAGGCUGCUUUGUAUGAGCUCUGCUGGCAAGUGGUAGAGGGCAACCUGAAGUUUGAUCUCAUUGCUAGCGUCCUUGGGGAUGUGAUGGAACUUCGAGAAGACAUGCCAUCAAUUUUAGCAGAUGUGGUCAGCAUUUUAGAUAUAGAGACAGGUGCUCUGGAAGAAAAAAACAAACGUGAACAUUAUACACAGUUGGUGGGAGGUUGUUUGUUUCUUGUUCCAGAAGCCAUUCUAAAAGAGAGGCUUGAUCCAGAAACUCUUGAAUCUCUUGGACUUAUUAAACAAGCCCAUCAGUUCAACCAGAAGAUUGUAAAAAUCAAGACCAAACUUUUUUACAAGCAACAGAAGUUUAACUUGUUGAGAGAGGAAAAUGAGGGCUAUGCCAAGCUAAUCACUGAGUUGGGCCAAGACCUCUCCGGCAAUAUCACCAGCCACAUUGUCCUAGAGAAUAUCAAGUCCCUCAUAGGAUGCUUCAAUCUGGACCCUAAUCGGGUUUUAGACAUCAUCCUAGAGGUGUAUAAGGAUCGGUCUGACCAGGAUGAGUUUUUCUUGACACUUAUCAAGUCCUACAUGUGUGAACCUCUUACUCUUUGCCACAUCUUGGGCUUUAAGUUCAAAUUCUACCGGGGGCCAAAUGAGGAAGUGCCCAAAUCACUUUACCACAUUGCUGCUGCUCUGCUUCACCAUAACCUGAUAGAACUGGAGGAUCUCUAUGUACAUCUUAUGCCACUAGAUGCCACCAUUAUAGAGGAACAUAAACGAGAAAUCUUGGAGGCCAAGCAGAUUGCCCGCAAACUGGGCACAGUUGUGCUUCCCUCAGAAAAAAGUGAGGACAAAGAAAAGGAUAAAGAGAAGGAUGAGGAGAAGAAUGAGAAGCCACCCGAUAACCAGAAGAUUGGUCUGUUGGAAGCACUACUUAGGAUAGGAGACUGGCACCAUGCCCAGAGUAUUAUGGACCAGAUGCCUUCCUUUUAUGCUACUUCGCAUAAGGCCAUCGCACUGGCACUGUGUCAGCUCGUGCACCUGACUGUGGAGCCUCUCUACAAAAGGGCUGGUGUCCCUAAAGGGGCAAGGGGCUGUAUAAUGGCUACACUGAGGAGCAAACGAGCCCCUCGGCCUGCAGAAAGCUUUGAGGACCUACGCAGGGACACAUUCAUCAUGCUGUGUUACCUCGGGCCUCACCUUUCCCAUGAUCCUAUCCUUUUUGCCAAGAUAGUGCGUCUAGGCAAGGCCUUCAUGAAAGAGUACCAAAGUGAUGCCAGACCUGAUGUCAAAGACAAAAUGGACACACUGUUGAGUUGUUUCCUGAGCAUUGCAGACCAGGUGCUACUUCCUUCUCUCUCUCUGAUGGAGUGCAAUGCUUGCAUGUCUGAAGAACUGUGGGGUCUCUUCAAACUCUUCCCCUACCAGCACAGGUACCGGUUAUAUGGUCAGUGGAAAAAUGAGACCUACUCCAGUCACCCACUUUUGGUUAAAGUCAAAGCUCAUACUGUGGAAAGGGCAAAAUACAUCAUGAAACGGCUGACCAAAGAGAAUGUGAAACAAUCUGGACGGCAGAUUGGCAAGCUGAGCCACAGCAACCCAACCAUCCUUUUUGAUUAUAUGCUGUCUCAGAUCCAGUGGUAUGACAACCUUAUUGUUCCUGUUGUGGACUCCUUGAAAUACCUCACUUCUCUCAACUAUGAUGUUUUGGCUUAUUGCAUCAUUGAGGCUCUGGCCAAUCCUGAGAAGGAGAAAAUGAAGCACGAUGACACUACCAUCUCCUCCUGGCUUCAGAGCCUGGCAAGUUUGUGUGGAUCUGUGUUCAGAAAAUACCCAAUAGAGUUGGGCCUUCUUCAGUAUGUCACCAACCAGCUAAAAGCAAGGAAAGUUUUGACCCUGCUGAUCCUAAAAGAGGUGGUGCAAAAAAUGGCUGGCAUUGAGAUUACAGAUGAGAUGACCUCAGAGCAAUUAGAGGCCAUGACAGGAGGAGAACAGCUCAAAGCUGAGGGGGGUUACUUUGGCCAGAUCAGGAACACCAAGAAAUCAUCUCAGCGUCUUAAAGAUGCUCUGCUGGAUCACGAUUUGGCCCUGCCACUGUGUCUCCUCAUGGCCCAGCAACGAAAUGGUGUUGUUUUCUUAGAGGGAGGAGAGAAACACCUCAAACUUGUUGGCCACCUCUAUGACCAGUGCCAUGAUACACUAGUGCAGUUUGGAGGUUUUCUGGCUUCCAACUUCAGCUCAGAUGACUACAUUAAGCUUGUACCCACCAUCGAUGUCCUCUGUAAUCAGUUCCACACUCCACAUGAUGCAGCUUUCUUCCUGUGUCGACCGAUGUAUGCCCAUCAGAUUUUGUCCAAGUAUGAUGAGCUGAAGAAAGCAGACAAAGGUAACCGGCAGCAGCAGAAAGCACACAAAUACGUGGCAGCCUGUGAACAGGUGAUGACGCCAGUCCAUGAGGCUGUGGUGUCCCUCCACCCACCCAGGGUUUGGGACGACCUCAGGCCUCAGUUCUACAUCACCUUCUGGUCUCUCACCAUGUAUGACUUGGCUGUGCCACAUACUGCUUAUGAACGUGAAAUCAACAAACUUAAGGCCCAAAUCAAGGCCAUUGAAGAGAACAUCGAGAUGCCCUUAAAUAAGAAGAAGAAGGAGAAGGAACGCUGCACCGCCCUACAAGAAAAACUGCAAGAGGAGGCGAAAAAGCAGCUUGAACAUGUUGGGAGGGUUUUACACCGUCUCAAACUGGAGAAGGACAACUGGUUGUUGACCAAAUCGACAAAGAAUGAAACCAUCACAAAGUUCCUGCAGCUCUGUCUUUUCCCUCGUUGCAUCUUCUCUUCUAUCGAUGCCGUGUACUGCGCUCGCUUCGUAGAGCUGGUGCACCAGCAGAAGACACUCAACUUCUGCACUCUCCUCUGUUAUGACAGGGUGUUUUCCGCUAUUAUUUACACAGUGGCCAGCUGCACAGAGAAUGAGUCUCACCGCUAUGGACGCUUCCUCUGCUGCAUGCUGGAGACUGUGACCCGGUGGCACAGUGACCGUGCAAUCUAUGACAAGGAGUGCAGCAAUUAUCCUGGCUUCCUGACAGUCUUCAGAGCCGCAGGCUUUGAUGGAGGAAACAAAGCAGAUCAUCUUGAUUACGAGAACUUUAGGCAUGUGGUGCACAAAUGGCACUACAUGUUGACUAAAGCUUCAGUCCACUGUCUGGAGACAGGAGAUUACACCCACAUCCGGAACAUUCUCAUUGUGCUUACAAAGAUCCUGCCCUGUUACCCCAAAGUCAUGAACCUGGGCCAAGCACUGGAGUGCCGUGUCCAAAAAAUCUGCACUGAGGAGAAGGACAAGAGACCAGACCUUUAUGCAUUAGCAAUGGGUUAUUCAGGUCGAUUGAAAACCCAGAAGGUGCACAUGGUCCCUGAGAAUGCGUUUCACCAUAAGGAACCCACGCGCAGUGCUACACCUGCCAAUCAGCAGAAUGGACCUGGCAACACAGGCAAGCCUGCCACCAUCACAUGCAAGACAGAGGAGGCGUCCGAGGAUGGUGAUCGGGGCAAGGACAAAUCUCAGGGGACCACAAAGCCAGUGAACAAAGUCAACAGCGCAGCAGCCAAAGUGACUACCAGCAAUGGAAAUAGUGCUGUCAAUAGCACCAAAGCCGUUAAAGACCGGGAUGACAAAGAGAAGAGUGUUAAGGAGAAAAAAGAGAAAAAAGAAAAGACACCAGGCAACACUCCUGAAAUAAAGGGGGAGAAUCGUCGGGAGAAGCAGAGAGAUGAGAGAGUAGGCAAGGAGGAGCGAGUGGCACGUGAGGGUAAGGAGAAGACGCCCAAGGCAGACAGGGAGAAAAUCAAGGCUGAGGAGAAGAGCAACAAAGAGGAUAAGGUCAAGACUGGCAACGGGGAGACUGUGGAGCCAACCAGGGAGCGAGACGCCAUCAAGGAGGCCAAAACCAAGGAAAAAGGAGAGAGGAUUGUUGUUGCUGGAUCUCGCAAGUCACCAGUUCCCAGAUUGGAGUCAGCUGAAUGUGAGAGGGAGCACAAAAGACGAAAGCUCGACAGUCACUCUUCUCCAUCCCACUCCGCGUCUGUUAAGGACAAUAGCAACGAACCCAAGGAGUCCGCAUCCAAGCACAUCAACUACAAUUCAGUAACCCGGUCAAACAGCCGAGAGAAGGAACCAGAGAAGAAAGAUUCAGAGGGUGCACAAGGUCGAGCUAAAGACAAGAAGGAAGAAAAAGAUCGCAAAGACAAGAAGAGAAUCCAUUCUGUUGGUGAUCAUGAGUCAAGCCAAGAACCCAAGCGUAGAAAGGAUGAUAAUGGAACACCUUCUUCCAAAAGCAGGAAAAGCACCAGUCCUUCCUGUGACUCCCCAGUUUCAGCUGACAAAGAGAAGACCAAAAGACCCAAAUCUUCCAGUAAGGAGAAGAGCGACUCUGUGAAACCGGAGAGGACGUCAUCUGGAGGCAAAAAGGACUCCAGACACGACAAAGACAAAUCUGAAAAGAAAGAGAAGAGGGACAGCAGUGGAGGAAAGGAAGAGAAAAAGCAAUAUCCUUAA